CUUUGUUUUUUUCGCCGAGGGAGUAUUGACAGGUCAAGGUGCACAAGUUUAGCUCAGUGGGUUGGCCUUAUAAGUAGAAGCAUGGUGUAAGGCAUCCGCACAACCACACACCACCUCAACAAGAGCCUGUCUUGGUAGGACAAGACCAUUUGAAUGUAUUUCAGCUUUUCAUUUUGUUUUUGAGAGUUUGUUCUGUAUCUCAUCAAAAUGGAUAACGUAUGUCAAUGUACAGAUUACAAUGUUAGGCAGUCAAAUGCUAUCCUUUACAACAUCCUCAAUCAAGAAAAUGUCAAGUCAAGCCACAACAACCUGAACUACAACUUGAUACCUCAUCGAUGCAACUGCGAGAUGCGACGGACUGUGUGCUUGAAAAGUCCAGCAGACAUUUGCCAAGAGGCAUCGGGAGUGCUGGUGAAAACAAUUAACUUUAUGAAGAACUUACCUGCUUUCAACCAACUCCCACCAAACGAUCAACUAUCGCUCCUCCAAAGUUGCUGGGCGCCACUCUUUAUUUUGGGUCUGGCCCAGGAAGGCAUGAACUUUGACGUCGUCGACACCCCUGCCGAUAGCAUGCUGAAAAGAAUCCUCUUGAAUUCUCAAGAGAGCUCAGAGACGGAAAGAGAGCAGCCCACAUUGGUUGGUGUGAACAAACUCAAGUCAUGCCUCAAAAAGUUCUGGAGUCUGGAUUUAAGUCCAAAGGAGUACGCAUACCUCAAGGGCACCAUGAUAUUUAACCCAGAUGUGAAAGGCCUGACGGCAGCUCUAUUCGUGGAGGGCUUACAGCAGGAGGCUCAGCAUGCUCUGAGGGAGGUGGUCCAACCACUCCACCCUGGGGACCGAAGCCGCUUUGCUCGUAUCCUGCUCGCGGCCUCCAUGCUCAAGACCAUCACACCCAACCUCAUCACCGAGCUCUUCUUCCGUCCUGUCAUUGGCCAAGCAGAUCUACUGGACUUCCUGGUCGAUAUGCUCUUCAGCAGGUAGCUACUGUAAGGCUGAUAUACAGAGACCUGAUAUAAUUUCCCGCUGGGACAAUAAAGUUGAAGCUUAAGCUUGAGGGGUUUGGGCUCCCACUGUGAGGGAUAUUGAGCCCCCGGGACUGAGUUGGGGGUGUCUGGUCAUGUGGUGAAGAGAUUGACAAAUAAGAGGUCGUUAUAAGGGGAAACAAAAUAAAUGUGUAUUCUUUAUUCCCAGUAAUAAAUGUCUGACCAAAUAGGAAAAUGUUUUUUUUUCUCUGGAAAAUAUGAGAUCAGUUUGCUAUUGUUUACAUCCAACUAUGAAUUAGCAACAUUUACUGUAUAUUAGCAACAUUUUUGGUAGAAAAUUGAGGUCACAAUGGCUGGUAGUUAUAACAGACAUUUUACUGGUUAUAUCAGACUACACUACGGUCUACAAUACACAUUCCUUACAAUCAUGUAUAUUUUGCAGAAUACCGUUUAGAUACAUUGUUUGUUUUGUGUAUGUUUGCAUGAAUAAUGUAAAUCAUUUCUGGGACAGCCUCCAGAAUAUUUUUUAUAAAUAUAUUUUUAUACAAUUAUUGGGUUAUGUCUUUACAAUUUGGAAUAUGGUUAGCGAGACAAGAAUACAAACAUCAUUAGCCAAGCCACAGUAGAUUAAACGUCUCCUGUUCAAGAGGUCUAUAUUACAGCUGGAAUUGUCAUUCAAGGAGCUGGAAUAAUAACUGGAAUAAUAUGUGCAGAAUUCGAAGCCCACAUUCUUCCCCCUAAUCAUUGGGUUAGAGGGAAUCUGUGUUGGGAAUUGGGAAUGAGUGGUGUGGAGCAUCAGUGAUGUUUUCAUACCUAGACAAGGCUAUCACAGUAGUGUGAGAGUGCUCCGCAAGUCUCCAUCUUCCUGCUCCAGUUCCUGUCGAUUCAUAUUGUGUUUGACCCCAAGCUACAGCAAGCUUUAUCUGUGUUACCUCACUGGUACAGAGGGCACUUUGGAAGGUGGUUUACCAGCUGGGUGCCCUGUUUUGUCAUCUUGCUGCCUCUCUCCUCUGACGAGUGGCUCAACGCAGCAACGACAGACAGUCACUAUGCGGUUCCGUUGAGGCUGUCUCAACAGUCUAUAACAGUCACUCUCCUUAUCAUACCAAUAAGAUAUGAGGAGGAAUAAUAUUUUCAGUCUAACGAAGCCAAGGUCACGGUGUCACGGUGUUCUGUAUAUCUUAAAUAAAGAAUACAAUCUCAACAUG